AUGAAGCGGGAGACCCGCGCGGAGGCCUACUUCCUCCUCGCCAUCGAGGCGUACAACGCGAACGCGAAGGUGGAGCCGGUGCAGCGCAGCUACGCCAGCGACGUCCUGGACGACCUCGGCCUCUUCUACGUCGACUUCCACCACUUCGAGAAGGCGGAGCGGUGCUUUCGGCAGGCACUCGCGAUCCGCGUGGAGCUGCUCGGCGAGCACCACGCCACGGUCGCGUACUCGUACAGCAACCUCGCCCUCCUCCACCUCCUCCGCGGCGAGUUGGAGCCCUGCGAGGCGCAAUGCCACGCCGCCCUCGAGCUCUACGCAAAAACCGCCCGGCAAAACGUCCUCGCGCAGGCCGACGUCCACACCGUCCUCGGGCAAUGCCUGCAUCAGAAGAAAAACUACCCGGAGGCGCUCAAAUGGCUCGAAAAGGCCCUCAAUCAUCGCCGGGUGCAGGGGGAAACCUCAGAGAUCGCCGUCGCGGAGUCGCUCAACCACAUCGCGCGGGUGUACAUCUCAAUGGAGCGGUAUGGAAAGGCCCACACGCACGUCAAGGAGGCGCGGCGGAUCGCCUUUCGCCUGAAUCAACACCUCACCCAAUCCCUCCGCGCGGAGGUGGAGAAGACGGAGCGGAUGCUCCCCGCGAUGACGGAGUGGCCCGCGGCCGAGCUCGCCGAGGCGGGGAUGACCAUCGCUACCGCGCCGGAGAGCGCGAACGAGGAAAAACCAACCAAAGAGAAGGGCUCGGCUACUCCGACAACCGGAUCGACCAAAGCCCCGGAGGGGUAA